AUGGUUCUUGUGCCGUACCUGAAAAAGAUCGCGAGAUGGCUGGCGCCACCGCCCCCAAAGUCGGAAGAUGGGCGCGAUCAAUGGCCCUCUCGCGCGGCCUUUCUUCUAGCAGCGAUGGGUGGUUGCGCAGGACAAGGAAAUCUGUUACGAUACCCGUCGGUCGUGUAUAACAACUAUGGCUUGCAGUGGUUCAUUCCUUACCUGUUAGCGGUGUUCCUUAUCGCCAUCCCCGCCCUCAUCCUCGAAAUCUCGAUCGGUCAGGCCUACCGCGGAGGCAGCGUGAUCGCGUUCAACAAUAUCAACCGACGGCUCAAGGGCGUGGGACUGGGCCCGAUCCUGGUCAGCUUCAUUGUCACACAGUACUUCACUGUCAACCUAGCUUGGAUUAUGAACUAUUUUCGCAAUUCAUUCUACAGUCCCUUGCCAUGGGAAGGUCGAAUUGAAGAGUUUUAUAUGGGAGAUGUCAUUCAUAAUGUUGAUCCCGUGCAAGGGAGCUUGAGUGAAGGCAACAAGGACGUGGUCGCGUUCACCAAAUAUCCCGGGCUUGCUGUAAUCGGAGAGACCGUGGGUUGGAGCGCUUUCAUUUGGUUCCUAAUCUGGGUGUCGAUCUUUCGCGGCGUGGGGCUGACGGGGCGCGUGGUCUACUGGACGAUGGGUUUGCCGAUUGUCACCACCAUUAUUUUUGUCGGCCGAUCGUUGAGUCUAGAGAACGCCAGCGAAGGUGUACGCCUACUCUGGGCGACUUGGCGAAGCUCAGAGCUAGCAUCCGGGACAGUGUGGCAGACAGCUGUCGGGCAAGUCUUCUUCUCUACGGGGAUUGGGUUCGGCUAUUUUACCUCCUAUGCCUCCUACAAUGCGAAGCAUUCUAAUGCCGUAAUGGAUGCCAUCCUCAUAUGUGGCAGUAAUGUCUUAUUUGAGAACUUUGCGGCGUUCGCCGUCUUCGGUGUGGUGGGCUACCUAAGACGGUGGCCACAAGAGGGCGAACGACUGGGUGCCUUCGUGGUUGGCUUUUUGACGUUGCCUGAAGCAGUCCUUCACAUGCCCGGGUCAAACUUCUGGGCGAUUCUGCUCUUCUUUACUCUUGUGGUGCUCGGGUUUAGUUCGGCAUUUGUGAUGCUGGACGCGGUGACGACCCUAGCUGUCGAUUCAGGCCUCAAGGUUUCGCGCCCGAUAAUCGUAACGGCAUUGACUCUGAUCUCCUUCUUGCUAUGUCUUCCCUAUUGCACCGAGUUUGGUUUCUAUUUGCUAGACGGUAUCGAUCGGUGGAUCAACAAUAUCGCCUUGAUAUUCGUAGUAUGGUCCGAGCUGGUCGGCGCCACCACGGUCUACCGGUGGACCGACGUGGUUGGCCAAACAGGGCUACCAGCGUUUGUUGUGUAUAAUUUUGGCUAUUUUGGUGGACAGAUUGUCGGAAUUUCAGUGGGUCAUGGAACCGAAAAUCCGUCUGUCGGAGCGGGCGCAGGCUUUGGAUUGUAUAUUGUCUCUGUUGCUGUCGCGGUUUGUAUCGCAACGACGCCGGAGGCGGAGGCAGCCAGGUUCUGGAAUCGAAACGCAGUCCUCCGUCGGUUCUGGUUUUUGGUAUUUUAUUCGGGCAACCAACUGCGCCGCGACCUCAACCAAAUCAUCGGUGGCGGCCGAAACUGGAAGAUUCCUGUCUUCUGGCCAGUGCUCCUCCGGUACAUCAGUGCCCCCGUUCUGGCUAUCAUUUUCAGUUUUGCCUACCCAGAGUUCCACACUUUGCGGUAUGAUCCUAUGAUGAUCGCUGGUUUCAUCCUGGCUCAUCUCUGCCUGCUGGCCAUGCUGUUGGGUCUCGUCCUACCACGCUACUAUGAUUGUUUCAUUCCACCAAGCCGCUACGGCGAGAGCACGCAAGGAACUAUUCCGAACGAGCCCCGUCCGCAAGAUCUCGGGCAACCAGCCAUGACCUCCUUUCAUGGCACGGAGAUUGAAGCGGUCCCGGCAGUAUCCGCUCUCGGAGACAUACAAUCCUUAGAGUUUAAGUCACAUAGUGGUCAUGUGGGAAUGAAGUUAUGA